AUGAUGAUGCAUAUUGCCUCGUCCACUGUCGCGUCUGGUUCCACGGACGAGCAGCUCCAACCCCAGACCGCUGUUGAUGCUGCCGUCAGAAUGAUCGACUCACUGACGCGCCGUAUCACGGGUCGGUCUUCACUGUCGACCGGCGGGCCCUCUCAGGACGAGAAGUCGCGUCCACUGCCGCAUUCUGCUCCACAGGCAGAGACCCUCCAGCGGGCAUCCUCCAUUGGGAGCAAGCGUCAGAGGUCGAACGAAGAAACCGCCUGCCCGUCUCCUUGUCAGCAUAAGAAGGCCCGCUGUGAGUCUAGAUUGAUCGACGAAGUCGAAGACGACGCUGACGAUGAGCGUCACAACGAGGAUGAGGAUGACAACGAGGACCAGGAUGAGGGUGAGGAUGAGUACGAGGGCAAGGACGACGAAGACGACAGCAAUUUUGGGGACAAAGAUGAAGACGAGGACAAGGACGAGGCCGAGGCCGAGAACUUCAACAACGACAGCAAAGUUAAAGUCGGCACACUGCCAUCGAGCCCCCUUUUCGACUACUACAACAUAGACGACGUUGACUAUCCCAUGGCUAUGGUGCAUCUCAGAGACGAGGAACCUGAAAGUAUGGAUGACGAAGACCAGAAGAUCUGGUUGGUGUUAGGUGACGAGGACGAUGUCGACAUCGAGGUUGGCUCGGAGUCAGAGUGGGAGGAUGCCCCUAGGGACAUUUGGCAGGGAAUAGGGCAACACAAGUGCGACACCGAAGUUGCACAGAUCCAGGCCACCGUUCACUUCAGCCGAGAUGAGUUAACGCAGGACGGAGAAGACAAGAUGGCGAAACUGCUCAGAAAGGCUGAGUGUACGGUCAACCUUACGUAUCGUGUUCUCAUAUGUCAUAAAUGUGGUUACGCGCUCGACCCCACCGCUUUGAACGGCCAUUUCAACAGCAAACAUAAUGGAAAGUUGAGCAAGAAAAACAAGACUUCUACGCCUGUCCCAGCCAGGAGCCUCUUGCGCCCUCUGCCCGCCCGCCUCCUUGUUACUCGCCUCCUCCGCCCCCCCGCCGUCCGCCUCCCGCCUCCCGCUUUGGCUCCUCCCCUCCCGCUUCUCUCUGUGCCGACGUCAACAACUGCACCGGUGGCGCUGCCAACGCGGACGGCUGCUGCCCGCAAGAUGGGGGGCCGCGGAGUUGUGAAGGGACGACAGCCUCCGGUGUCGGGGCGCCUAGUCGCCUCGACGUCAGGAGGACGCAUAAAGGCUGGGUCGCGACGACCCAGCCUUUCUUUCACCACCCUCACCAACUCGACCACCGCGCGCCUUUGGCAGCCGACGACCGUUACUCAUCGCCGCAGCCGCACGCCUGCGGCAUCCGAUCACCCCACCCCGCAACCCGCUUGGCCACAAGUUCCUCUUCCCGAGGACGCACAACCCACUCCGCCUGAUUGGUCCGCAGCCCACCGUCUGGGGUCAGCAGUCUCAAGCAUGUUUGGCGGGUUGGCUCGCCACCUCUCUCAAGGGACACCUGCAGUGAGUCCCGGCGACAACGACGCCCCUGGCAAGCGCAAGUGGCCUUCGUCGUCGAUGGUGUCCUCCACUGUCCACGGGGAAAGCGAGCACCCGCGUCGUGGCCCAAAGACCCGACGUGUUGUAUGCCCCUCGUCUGGUGCAGAGCAUUCCCCUGCCACACCAUCCAGCUCCGCUCCUUCUCUUCCCGCCUUCGUCAGCAACGAUUCUGACGGCAACCUCUACGCUGAUGAGGACGUUCACGCCGACAGCGAGGGCAAGGUUCAUGGUGAUCCCGACAACGGCUACCUCAGCCACGCGAGUGGCGGCAACACAGACAUCGCGAUGGACGACCCUUGCAAAGACCCAAGCAAGGACUGCGACCACCAAGACCCCACUCCUUCGGACGUCGAAACUACCGCCGCUUCCGACAUCGAGGAGUCGGUGCUGUCUGGCGACGACGAUCUUCUGGAGGGAUCUGACGCGGAGCCUGAAAAUACUCUCCGGUCAUCCGACAUCUCCCCCCUCCUUCCCCCUCUUGAUCAGGAGUUGGAAGUGAAGCGCUUGAAGGCUACCAUCCAUCGCGGCGCGCAUCAUUGGCAGCCCAAGGACCGGGAUACCCAGCGCGUCAUGUCCAAGGCUAAAUUUGUCGUUGAUAUGCAAUAUAAAAUACUCAUUUGUACCAUUUGUCGAUACGCUCUCGACCCCGAGCGCAUACAUGGCCAUUUCAAUUCCGAGCAUCGCCGUCUUCUGUCCGUCUCCGAUAUGGACCGUCUUACCGCCAUCUGUCUGAGUUUUGAGCUUUGCGGGCCUGACAUAAUGAAGAGAGUGAGGCCCCGCAAUCGCAAGAUCCAUUAUGGUCUCACCAUUUACCCUUCCAUCGUCUUCUGCGCAUCUUGUCACCGCAGCUUCGAGAGUGAGGGUUCCUUCGCUCGCUGGCACUCUUGUCCCUUGAAACAGAAUCCCGUUGUUCCUGAUGCAAAGCGUUACUAUCGGGCAAAAGCCCAGACCUUCUUCAAGAACAGGAAGGACCGCCGCUUUUCCCCCGUCGACCAGCACUCGCUCAACCCCAUCGCCAACAGUGCAGAGGCAAAGCAGGCAUGGGACCGUGUCAAGCCCAUGCUCGUGGAGCCGGCUUUUGAGCAAGUCCCCAUCAAGUCGCCCAAGAAUCUUUGCCAGCUGUCCGUCUUCGAACGGCGUGAAGGCUGGUCUCCAUACGUGAAGGGCAAGACGGGUCAGCAGCUGCAAGAGAUUGUGGACGAACCGCGCGACCCCCCUGUGGUGGAUUUACUGUCGCUCUAUGUAGAGCGUUAUGUCGACGUCGCCCUCUAUGCUCUCAAGGACGAGUCGUAUACAAUACAGUCCAAGCUCGUGAACAUCGGGUUGAGAGACGAGUACAAGGGUUCGUUCUACCAUACCAAGACCUGGCUGGAGUACGUCCACAAGUUCUUGCCUGCCCUUUGCUUUGUCAUCCGCGCCGCCCGCGACGACCUACCCGAGCACUUCAAGAUGGAUCUCACUGAUGACCAAUGGUCCUCAGCCCUCGAGCUUUUCAGGCAGCUUGAGAUUGCUAACGAAGCCGGUGGGCAGCCCGUCAGCAUGGAGCAGCUUGAAGAAGAUCGGCAGCAGAAGAUUUUCAUGGAUCGUUUUGGCACUGACCGCCCCGUUCUCGAGCCUUUCCAUCGUCUCCUAUGGUCCCUCCUGUCACACAAGAAGGUCGGCUGCGAUCCCAACAAGUUCUACACCCCCCUGUACAAUUUCCUCGUCCUCAGCUCGUACAAUGCGCAGGGCCGUCUCAAGUUUGCCGCGUCCAUCUCCCACUUCAUCGCGCCGCUCUUGUAUAUCUGUAGACUGUCUAUCUUCACGCAGGGUGUUCUGUAUUCGCAGGAGAAAGAUGCUCCUUACCUUGAGAUAUUUCCAUGUAUCAAACCCUGCCUUGACCUCGAGUCCAGCAUGCCUCUCGCACUCGUUUUAUCCACAAAUCAAAUUGUAUCUUCCAUCCGGCUCAACGAGGAAGGCAUACCAUGGAUCCAAUUUGCGGAUAAGGAGUACAAGACCUGGCUUCACCACGGGAAGGUCGAGAUCCUUUGUGGAAUAUCCGACGACGACGAAGCGUUCGAUUUCAAACGCACCAGGCUGGUCAAUUCGCCGCAAAACUCGGUGCUACACUAUUCGUUCAUCCAGCAUCCGGAGAACGACUUCAAGAAGUAUUGUCACGCUCUUCUGCAUGUGUGGAUUGGGAAUGAGAGCACCCACAAGUGCUUCGUCAACGACAAGGCUCAAGACAGCGAGUCCAUCUGGCAUCUGGAUGAAAUCAAGCGCGUGUAUGCGCACUACAACCGCCUCCAACAUAUAUUCCUUGCCAUCACCUGGUUCGCCUGUGGUCCUCCUGGCCACGCAACGGAAUGGCAGGCACUCAUUGGCACAAACUCUCAGCAGGGCCACAUGCGCAGCCUGUACGUUUUCACCGACGAGUUGUAUCUCGUCACCGGUUACCACAAGAACAUUGGCGCGACCGGCAAACAAAAGGUCAUCGUGCAACCUGCGAUGGAGUAUUUGGUCAAGAUGACUCAUGGCAGCGAAGCGCGGAUGCGCAUGUACGACGAUGUUUUCCCCCUGGCCGGACAAGCUCAACGAUCCGACACCGUGAACACAACGUUCGCUGGCCUCAUGUGCCAAUACCUCGGCAUCGAGCUCAACGUUCACGACACGCGUGCCGCAACCGCCGCUGUAGAAGCCUUUGCCCUCAACGUCAGUGCGGAGACGCGGGAGCGCCAUACGCACAAGUUUCAUCGUCUCAGAGCCCAAAUGCGAGGGCACACACCCGAAGUCGACGAUCGGUGCCCGUACAAGUUGCGGGAGAACACGUAUCACUCCCAACUUCAUCAGGUGGCGCUCGGAUUUUGUCCGCAUCCUGACGCCCAGGACAUGGUGGCUCUGGUCGCAUCUGGCCAUGCUCAAGUUGUCGUCAACGUCGAGCCAUCGUUUGAAUCCCAAAAGCAGAUAGCACAGCUCGUACUCGACGGCGUGGCAAGCGCGCUGAAUGAAUCUUUCGUGCAAACGGUCUCCUCCAUCCUUUCCCGUAUCCCUCGCGUGUCCGAGGCGCAGCAUGAUGCCCAGGAGAAGGACAGGGUGGUGGCACUGGCGUUGAAGUGCCUCAGAGAGAUGCUCAACGAGGAGACCACGUUGUUUCGCAUUCUCGAGCAAGGUGUGGCCGUCACGAAGGCGUUGACUGGGCACGACCUGUUGGCAGUUCUGCCCACAAACGCGGGCAAGAGUUUUAUCCUGCUUGCGGUAUCCUACUAUUACCGGUCCCUUAGCAAGUUCGUCGUCGUUGUCAUACCUAUCAGCAUUUUGGUUGAAGAGUGGAAGAACAAAUGCCGCGGCAUCGGUCUCAAGUUCAGCGUGUGGACUCUAGAGAACCAAAACCCAGAGGCCCCCAUCGUCUUCAUAUCUCCCGAGAAUGCAACGAUCCGCGAUUUCUACUCUUGGGCCAAAGACAAAGCAGCCGCUAGCUCUCUGAUCACGCUGGUGUUCGAUGAGUUUCAUCUCAUCGUCGAACACCAGUCAUUCCGCAACUGUUUCUGGAACCUCGCAAGUCUCGGCAGGUUCAGCCUUCAGCUCAUCCUGCUAACGGCUAUGGUGCCCACACGUAUCAUCCCGGCCUUGCUCAACGCCACGGGCAGUCGCGAUGCUCAGACCAUCCGUGCUCCUAUUACUCGGCCAGAGCUCAAGUAUCACUACCGGUACUUCAACAGCAAGCAGAAGGCGCUGGAGUUCACCACAUGCGAGUACCGCCGUUCGCGGGAGCAGUACAACACCGAAGAUCGCGCCAUCGUGUUUGCACAAUCCAUCGGUCAAUGUGAAGACGUGUCCGCGAGGCUCUGCUGCCCGGUGUAUUCAGGAAAAUUGCCUGUUGAUCACCAGGCCGAAGUUUACCACCAGUGGUCGCAGGUCGGGCCUGUCGUCGCCGCAACUCUGGCCCUCAGAUAUGGUGUCAACGUUCCACACGUCCGGGACAUCUUCUUCUUUGGCCUUCCUGGCAACUUCCUCCUGGCUGAGCAAGAGGCAGGACAGGCUGGUCGUGACAAUAGGCCUGCUUGCGUGUGGUUCAUUGAAGUCGACAACGCAAGCUUCUUUCGCCAUCCUCCUGCGGCGCACAAUCUCCUUGGCGACGCCGAUAUAGUCACUGCUCUUUGUACCGUCGACUGCUUACGGCUACCUUUCAGCCAGUUCUUCAAUGAUUGCAACGUUUCCUGCCCCGAGCUCCCUCAUGUGCAGCUGUGCAUGAACUGCAAGAAGAGCAUACUCGGUCCUCUGCCCACUCUUUUUCCUCGUGACAACCCAACGUGGGGCGAGCCGGUCAUUUCCCCUUAUCUCCCGGAGAUGAACAAGGUGCCUGCUGGGAGAGGGAUGGGUUAUCCAGGCCUCUGUAAGACGGACGGUGUCGCCCGCAUCGUCAGAGCAACCAUCUUUACCCGCUCCUCUUCCUCAACGCAUUCCCACCCCCAUUCCUCCCAUCCCAUCCAUCGCGCCUCGUCCCGCAACUCCUCCCGUACUUCCUACCCGCACACUUCCUUCCCCCCCUCCACGAAGCACGGGAACGGUCGGACGAUCCAGCCCAAGUCGGACAGCUCGUACGGCAUGUUUGAUGGCGACGACGACCUUUACAUGGCCAUUGACAUCGAGGCAUUGCCUCAGCCAGCGCCGAACAGCGGCCUUGGCCAUACAUACAUUACGAUCGGAAACCCGUCUCCGAUCGACUCCUCCCUGGCUCGUCAGAUCUUCAGUGAUCUUCCCGAUGCCAGCUCGAGUGCCCCCUCUUCGCCACCUCGUCCAGCUGACCGUCGUCGCCGUCCUCUGCCCCUGCCGCCGACUUCCACUCCCAUGCUCUCGCAUGUUCAGCAGCAGGACGACGUGUUCAGUGAUUCGUCCCUGAAUGCUGGUCGUUCCAGCGCUGCCUAUCCACCUGUUGCGCUCUGGUCUUUGCCAUUCCCGGUGUCAUCGUCUCCAACACGACACGCCCUCAUAUGCAGUUCAAGCGGUACGAGCUCUCCAAUCGCAGGUCCCGACAUGCUGUGGAACGACCCUCGCAGCUCGCUGUCGUCCUACCUCCCGACACUGUUGGAUAUCAUCGAGCUCUCAUCGUCGCCUGUUCCCGUCCCGACGCCGUUGGAGAUCAUCGAGCUCUCCUCGUCACCUGUUCCCGUCCAUAGCCCCGCGGGUCCACCUUGCGCUGCCCCGCCUGUUCCCGUCCACAGGCCCGCGGGUCCACCUCGCGCUGCUCUGCCUGUUCCCGUCCACAGGCCCGCGGGUCCACCUCGCGCUGCCCCGCCUGUCAAUCAAGUGACGUGUCCGCAGUCCAUCGGCACCGCGUCCAUCGGCACCGUCCAUCAAGUUUUCCCGUGGCACACGCGGCGGGUGAAUUGA